UAAAAACCAAGAGGUCCUGAAGUUCCUCUAUACAUUUUUCUUGCUUGAGAGAAAUUAGAAAUAAACAUGGGGAAGCUCACACUCAUUGCAGGUUUGGGUUUGGUGCUCUGCCAUGUUGCCUUCUCCAUGGAAAUGGGCUGCUACUUCACCAACUGGUCUCAGUACAGACCUGGAAUUGGAAAGUAUAUGCCCUCAAAUGUGGACCCUUUCCUUUGUACACACCUUUUCUAUGCUUUUGCAAUGGUCAACCAUGCCAACGAGCUUGUCACCUAUGAGUGGAACGAUGAGACUCUAUACAAAGCCUUUAAUGAACUCAAGAACACAAAUCCCCAUCUUAAAACUCUCUUGGCUGUCGGUGGAUGGAACUUUGGUUCAACACAGUUCUCCAUCGUGGUGUCCACUGCUGCAAACCGUCAAAAGUUCAUUCAGUCCUCCAUCAAGUUCCUGAGAACUUACGGAUUUGAUGGCAUGGACCUGGACUGGGAAUAUCCGGGAUCAAGAGGAAGUCCACCUGAAGACAAACAAAGAUUCACACAGCUAUUGAAGGAAAUUAUUGAGGCCUAUGAGACUGAGAGCAAAGCUACUGGCAGAGCCAGACUGAUGCUGACCGCUGCUGUAUCAGCUGGCAAAGGGACGAUUGAUGAUGGAUACGAGAUUGCAGAGGUUGCCAAAUACCUGGACUUGAUCAAUGUGAUGACUUAUGACUUCCAUGGAACUUGGGAAAGAUUCACAGGACACAACAGCCCCCUGUACCAAGGCUCAAAGGAUGAGGGAGACCUGAUCUACUUUAAUACAGACUUCGCUAUGCGCUAUUGGAGGGACAACGGCACCCCUGUGGAGAAACUCAGAAUGGGUUUCGCAACAUACGGUCGCACUUUCCGUCUGACAUCUGCAGAUACUAGCAUUGGAGCCCCAGCUAGUGGACCUGCUUCAGCUGGAACCUACACUCGCGAGGCUGGAUUCUGGUCUUACUAUGAGAUCUGUGGAUUCCUAGAGGGAACAACACUCCAGUGGAUUGAGGACCAGAAGGUGCCCUAUGCCACAAAGAACGGCGAAUGGGUUGGAUUUGACACCAAGGAGAGCUUUGAAACUAAGGUUCGUUAUCUGAAAGACAAGAACUUUGGUGGAGCCUUCGUCUGGGCGCUUGAUCUGGAUGACUUUGCUGGACAGUUCUGUAAUCAGGGGAACCAUCCUCUCAUGGGCCAUCUGCGCAAUCUUCUGGAUAUCGAAUUGCCUCCUCUGCCUCCAACCACCACCCUCAAACCCGGACAAACAACCACAAAAACCACCACAACCACCACCACCACCACUCAUGCUCCAGGACCAGGAUUCUGUAAUGGAAAGCCAGAUGGACUCUAUCCUCACCCUGAAGACCCCAACAAAUACUAUAACUGUGUAGGAGGCCACACUUACAUGAAUAGCUGUGGUCCAGGCACUGUGUUUGAUGACAGUUGUAAGUGCUGUGCCUGGCCCAAACACUAAGGGAUCACUCAUGUGAAAACAGUGAAACAGGAUGCUGCAGAUUUGCAUAAGCACACAAGAAGAAUCAGAACUAAAUAUCUUUGACUACAACUAUCUCACAUAAAGGAAAUUAGUGUGGACUGAACAUAAUUAAUGUGCUUUGUUUUUCCAUUUGAAUGUAUUUUGAAAGUGUAUGAUGCAUGUUUUUUUAAACUCUCCUGUAAAUCUAUUCAUGUGAUUGCUGUUAGUACAACUGCUGUUCAAUGCAUCAUUUAUACAAAAAAAAAUAAUGUGCACAACUUUACAAGAUUUUUUAAAAACUCCUAUUAAUAAACAACAUGCAGCCAUCAUUAA